AGCAUGCUGCAGGAAGCCGGACUCCAGGGACACAGCUGCACGUGACCCGACCCACGUCCGCCUCCACCGGGAAGGAGCCCACAGGUCUGCUCACAGCAGAAGAAGACAAACCUGUCUUGGUUGCUGCAGCUGCACCAGCUCUCAGCCACCAGCUCUGAAAGACCAGCACAGACUCCACAGGUUGUGGAUCACUUAUUUCUGUAAUUUCUCUUCUUAUUUCUCUUCUUCCUCACAUCUAGGAUCUCAGUCUAUUUACGUUGUGCUUGGACUGAACACAAGGCUGCUAAAAUUGGCCUCCUACUCUCUUGCCCAGCAUUCCCCAGCCUCAGGAAUGGCAGCUCUUCAUAAUGGGUUGCUGCAGUGAGACCAGAAGGGUGGUGAUCUGUUUGUUUUAAUGAGGAAGUGGAUCUCACAGCUUAAUGCAAAUAAAACAAACAAAGGAAAAAAGGAUGUCAAGCGUGGUCUUCCUUGAUUUCAAUGAAGGACCAUUUCAGGGAGACAUGGAUAUUUGUUUCUAAAUGUGCUUAAUGGACAGACCAGCAACAUGGAUGACUUAAAUACUGAAGUCACUGGUGCUAAAGAAGAAGAAGAAAUUCUGUGUGAUGAUAAUUUCAUAUCUGAGGAAGAAGGUGGCAUUCCUAUAUCACAAGAGAGCGACACGUCAUUUCAGAAAAACAAUACACUGACUCUGCCUGAGGAGCUAUCAAGGGACAGAUCUGAAAAAGCCUUAAGUGGAGGCCAGACUUCUCUAUUUAUACACACUGGUGCUCCUACUGUUUCUAGUGAAAACUUUAUCUUGUCUAGAGGAACUGCUGUUAAUGGACCAGUUUCACACUCCACCUCAACUAAGACUUCCAUUAUGAAUAAAACCACUGGACAGCCUGUAGGUCAUCAUACAGAUUCCUGCUCAACUUUGACAGUGGUUCAAGACCUUCAGCUGCCUGCAAAGAGUACAACACAAAAAUCAAAUCAGCACCAAGUUUUAUUUUUGUUACCUGAUGUAGCACAUGCUAAGAACAUGACUCAUUCCAUUAAAAAUCUACCUACCUCUGCUUCAAUUGGUUGUGAUUUACAGAAAUCAGUAGGUAAUAGUGUAGAUAGCACUUUAGUAGGCCAAGUAGAAGUUUGUGAGGAUGAUAAAAAUUUACUGGUAAAAGAUGAUUGUGUUGAUACGUUAACAGGCAUUUCCUCAGGUACAGGCGAUUUCAGAUCGGGAUGUGAUCCCAGCUGGGAUCCACAAAAAGAGUUUAUACAGUUUCUUAUGACAAAUGAAGAAACAAUAGAGAAGUCUCCAAUUCACUGUAAAGUAGGUUUAGAAAAAAAAAGAAAAAGAAAAAUGGAUGUUAGUAAAAUAACACGCUAUACUGAAGACUGUUUUGGUGAUACCAGUUAUAUUCCUAGUAAAUCAAAACUGCGAAGUGUUGACUUCUUAGAACAAAAUGAAGAGCUACAAAUGGUAGAACCACACAAAUAUUCAUUGAGUAAAGUAAAGCCUGAAUCCCCAGAUGAAGAGCUGGAAGCUGUUGAUGCUAUCCAACAACUCAUUUAUAGUCCCACUGGUAGCUGUGCAGAAGAUGCUUCUCCUGUUCACACUAGCACUUUUCUUUCCAACACUUUAAAAAAUAAAUGUGAACAGAAUGAUUCUGAAUCACCAUCUACUUUCAGUACUGAUGAACCAUCAUUUUAUCCCUGUACAAAGUGCAAUGUGAAUUUUAGGGAGAAGAAACAUCUGCAUAGGCAUAUGAUGUACCAUUUAGAUGGGAACAGCCAUUUCCGACAUCUCAAUGUCCCAAGGCCCUAUGCAUGUAGGGAAUGUGGAAGGACAUUUCGAGAUCGUAAUUCACUUCUUAAACAUAUGAUAAUUCACCAGGAAAGAAGGCAGAAACUGAUGGAAGAAAUCCGUGAGCUUAAAGAACUUCAGGAUGAGGGUAGGAGUGCACGGUUACAGUGCCCCCAAUGUGUAUUUGGUACUAAUUGUCCCAAAACAUUUGUGCAGCAUGCAAAGACCCAUGAAAAAGAUAAAAGAUAUUAUUGCUGUGAGGAAUGCAAUUUCAUGGCUGUGACAGAAAAUGAACUUGAAUGCCAUCGAGGGAUUGCUCAUGGAGCAGUAGUCAAAUGUUCCAUUAUUGGUAGUGACAUGUCCCAGAGGAAAUCACAGAAAAAGGCAUCCAUGAAAGAUCCAUAUUUAGGAUCCUCAAAAAAGUCAUCAACGUACAUGUGUAAGAUGUGUCCAUUUACAACUUCGGCUAGAAGCAUUUUAAAAAAACACAUGGAAUACCUGCAUCCAACAUCUUGCAUCGAUCACUUUGGUAGCCAUCUUAGACUAGAAAAGAGGAAAGGUAGCAUUAUAGAAGAAUCUUUAGAUUUUGGUAGCAGGACAAAACAGUUGAUGAAACAAUCUUCUACGUUUCCAAAGAACUCAGUUUUAAAACAGGAUGUAAAAAGAUCUUUUGGCUCUACUUCACAGUCCAGUAACUUCACCAAACUUCACAAGAGACCCUACAGGAUACAGAAGGCCCGGAAAAGUGUUUCACAGUCAUCUAAACCUAACUCUGCUGUAAAAAAAGACAGCUAUGAAACGGAAGAUGAAAGUUCAUGGGAUAAUGUUGAACUAUGUGAUUACACUACACAGUCUGUGGAGGACGAAUCUUACAGUGAUAUUAAUCAGGAGCAUGUAAGCCUAUUCCCCAUAUUCAAAGGUAAAAUGGAAGAUCAUGAAGCUGUUGAUAAAUCUUCGCUUACUUAUGAGCAGAAUGAUGGCUUUUAUUUUGAAUAUUAUGAAGAUACUGAGGGUAGUAACUUCCUCCAUGAGCUGCAUGAUCCUCAGAAUUUAGAAAAUGUAGGAUCAGCAUUGCCAAAACAUAAUUCAAUUUUCCAUUGGACUGAUUUGUCACUUGAAAAGAAGUCCUGCCCAUACUGCCCAGCAACCUUUGAAACAGGUGUUGGAUUGUCCAAUCAUGUCAGAGGGCAUCUUCACAGAGCUGGAUUGAGCUAUGAAGCCCGUCAUGUUGUUUCACCAGAACAGAUAGCAACGAGUGACAAAAUGCAACAUUUUAAAAGAACUGGAACAGGAACUCCUGUUAAGCGUGUUAGAAAAGCAAUUGAGAAAUCUGAAACUUCCUCUGAGCAUACGUGUCAGCUCUGUGGAGGCUGGUUUGAUACUAAAAUUGGAUUGUCAAAUCAUGUGCGAGGACACCUGAAGAGGCUUGGCAAAACCAAGUGGGAUGCUCACAAGUCUCCGAUCUGUGUUCUGAAUGAGAUGAUGCAAAAUGAAGAGAAGUAUGAAAAAAUUCUAAAGGCUUUGAAUAGUCGACGCAUUAUUCCCAGACCCUUUGUUGCUCAGAAAUUUGCAUCAAAUGAUGACUUUUUAUCUCAGAAUGUUAUACCUCUUGAAGCAUACCAUAAUGGCCUAAAGACUGAGGAUACAUCUGUGUCUGCAUCGGAGGAAGAAGGGCUGAGUUUCCUAAAUGAAUGUGAUGAAACAAAAGCAGUACUACAUGAUGAAAAAAAAAAUCAGUCACUUACACUGAUAGAACUUCUGAAAAAUAAAAGGUUAGGAGAAGAAAGGAAUCCUGAUAUUUCUCCUCAAAAGAUUCAUAAUCAAACAGCGAGAAAGAGGUUUGUUCAGAAAUGUGUUCUUCCAUUAAAUGAAGACAGUCCAUUGAUGUAUCAGCCACAAAAAAUGGACUUGACUAUGCAGUCAGGUAUGCCUGUGAAGCUUAGAACGUGUGUGCAUUGCAAUACGACGUUUACAAGUGCUGUUAGCCUGUCCAACCACUUACGCGCUUAUGCACGAAAGAAGAGUGCUGGACUUUUGACUGGGACAGCUUUAGACUGUAAGCAAAAGAAGUCAAGGUCAAGAUCUGGAAGCAAGAAAAAAAUGCUGCCGUUACCUCAUAGUGCUGAUGAAGUUUACAUACUCAGAUGCAGGUUUUGUGGUCUGGUCUUUCGAGGACCUUUGUCUGUUCAAGAAGACUGGAUAAAGCACUUGCAGCGACACAUUGUCAACGCAAAUCUUCCAAGGACUGGAGCUGGCAUGGUUGAAGUCACAUCACUACUUAAAAAACCUGCUUCAAUUACUGAAACUUCAUUUUCUUUACUGAUGGCAGAAGCAGCAUCAUAGAACAAGGAAACAUUUUUAAAUUGGAAUUGGAUGUAAAUUUGAAAUAUUUCGUCAUUUUUUAAAAUAAAUCGUUACACUAAAUUAUGUUUAUAAAUCCUAAAGACAAAAAUAGAGGAAGUGGAUUACAGUAACAUCAAAAUAAAUUGAAUACUUAACAGUUACAGUAAGUAGUCUUUAUAUUUUAUAUAGGGUGGAAGAUGUGUUUUUAAGGUUUAUGUUUUUGUCAGUUACUGUGUUCACUAUCAAUACAAGACCAUUACAUGUAUGGCAGCCAUUUUUAAAUCGUUGCACAUGGGUACUUAAGACGGAUUUUAAUAAAAACAAAGAAACCAUGUUCUCUGCAGUGUUACCCAAAUCAAGGCUCUGUUUAUUCCAAAAAGAAUUACAUAGUAAAAUAAGAUAUUAUAUUUUGUUGGUAUGUAUGUAGUGUUUUGUAUAAUACCGAGAACUGCUAAUACAAUUUACUCAACUUAGGGCAUUAAAUACCAUGUACUUCAUAGUUCAAGAGACUGUUUCAUUCAAAUAGGGCAAUUAGUACUCUAUCUAGGUGUGUGUUUUUUUUAAAUUACAUGAGGCUUUUUGUACUAAAAAGUGGAGGGAAACUUGUUUAAACAAAUUUCUAAGAUAAAUAUGUACAUAAUACUGGAAAUUUGUGGUAAGGAAAUAUUCUUUACUUCAGUUGCAUUUCUCACUGACAACAAAGUGGUGCAUCCAUGCUACCUCCUACUUGUCAACGAAGAUGGUAUUUACCCUUAUGUUUUUGUAUCAUAAUAGAUUCAAUCCAACUUUCUUUAUUACAAAGCAUCUUUUUGUUAACAAGUUUGUUUCUUUAUGAUGAUUUACUUAAAGUCUGACAUGCUUACAGAAGUUUGCCUCUCUACUAUUUUAUUUAACACCGUAGAAAUGUACUAAUAAGCAUUGCUCACUACACGGUUAGAGUAGACUUUUCAUUUAUAAUUCUGUUUAAAAGAUUGAUCAUAUUAGAAAAUUUGAACACAGAUGGAAAUGUUUCUACAUAUGAAGAGAAUGUUUACAACUUAAAUUUUAGAGCUUGUUUUGGAUGUGAUUAUAUGUAUGAAAACUGUAACACUAUGCUCAUGCUAAGGACCUACUUACAGAAUUACUGAAAUAAAUGUGCUGUGAGGAUGGAAAUAUGGUGCAGGUGUCUUGGUCAUGCUGAAUUGUGUUUGUUCAUUCAAACUGUCUUCAGAACAUGAUUUUUGUUUAAAUCAUAAGUCAGAUUCCUCUACAAAUCAAUUUUGUAUGCAAGUAACAUUUCAUUUUACUCAUAUAGGGUAACUAAUACUGUAGUUAAGCCAAGGAUAUGCAUUGAUAUUUUCUUUAUAUGUAAAUAAAGUUAAAAGCAGUUAAAACAAGAGGAGUAUUUUGGUAGAGUAUAUACAUACCUCACUGCCAGUGAAAUUGCUUUCCUAUGGUAUAUCUCCUUACCAGAAAAAUCUCUAAAUAAAAAGGUUUAAAGAAAAUCUAAAUGUCUAUAAUGUGAAGCAUUUAUUUGCAUUGUGUGAAUUAAGUUUGUGAAACUGAUUUGUCUUGCUUGAGAUUAAAAUAUUCUCAUGAUUUUAAGUAAAAAUACAUUUACUUGCAAUAAAAUGACUUGUUCAGAUGCAUUACAUUUGAUUGGUGGAAAAUAUGAAUAAAUGUCUGUCUUCCUGUAUGUGUGCAGUUAACACAAAAGGCUUGUUAACAUUCUGAUAAAAUAGAUGAGCUAAAAAUAAACAGUUGUGCAGGAUGGUGCCCGGAGACAAGGGCGUCCUAUCUAUUAAGGUUAUCAUUAAAUUAGUACUAUUAGGUGUUUUACUGUGAAAGUUCCUGCAGGUAACAUAAGCAUUAUUGUCCAAAUGUAUUCCUACUGUUUUUAAUCAGAAAGCACACAUCAGUACCUCUAAAGGCUGGAGAUAAAAUUACGUUUGAGAUUUCAGGAAAGAUAACUAGGAUGUUAAAAGUGUAUUGCAGACAAAUUAUGUGUAUACAGUCUAAGUAAAAAAUUCUAAAUUUGUGCAUGAUUGUGGACUUUUUUUAAUAUGCUGUGAAAGUUGGAAGAUUUACAGCAACAUGUUGUUAAAGCAGAGAAUAGAGGGAAGUGAUCAGAUCAUCUUGAAUGUUUAUAAUGCUUUAAUAGAGUGGUUGUUUACUCAUCACCAAAAAAGGUGCCUGUGAGCACCAUAUUCUAUGGCUGUUCAACAUGAAAAAAUUGGUUAAGUGCAAAAUAUAUCUAACGUUAAGGAUGUUUAUAAGGCAAAGCCAUACCAUGCAGAAUUUAGCAGUAGCAAAAAAAAUAAACUAGGUUUAUAAUAGUAAACCUAGUUAACUUUAUUUAAUUCUUUAAGCCCCAAUAGUGAACUAUUUUGUUGUAACACCAAAAAUGUAAAGUUGUGCCUGAAAAGUGGGGAGCUCUGGUCCUGGCCAGUUUCCAAAAUGAUGCUCUUAGGUUAGGAGCAGCUGUUUUCAGUGGCAGGCUUUCUGAGUGCGAGUGUUGGAGCUGCCCAGGUAGUUAGCUGUGUGUUUUUUGUUAAUGCUCCUGCCCUGCUUGCAUCAGGACCUUGCCAGUAGAGUUUGAAAUAUAUAGAGAGAAGUCCUAGAAGUCCUCUGAUUAUUAAAUUAAUUGUAUAUUUAGCUGAUAUGGACUUGAAUGAUUUUUUUUUUUUAAAGCCACUUUAAGCUUUCUUUAGCUUCUAGACUUCAAGGGGAGCUAUUUGUUUUCUUGGUUUCUGUUGCUUGGAAAUGCACAUCUUUUGUUGAUAGGAGAUAAACCCAUCUUAACAGAAUUAGGAAGGUUCUAAUUAAGUGGGUAGAGGAGAGAGUUGAUUAAGCCAGUCACUUUAUUGUACAUAUCUCAUGUUUUGAGAUGUGUGGCACACGUACACCUUGGAAUCAAUAACUGAGUCUUACUGUCUUUGUUUCUCUGCUAGGUUAGAGAGAGUCUAUGGCAGUCUGUGCUAAAGAGCUGGACUUCUGAAAUUGCACGUGUAAGCAUGAGUGUGCCUUUGUUCACCUUGGCUGUAUUGCUUCAGACUAAAGACUGCAGUGGUUUAGUGAUUUUGUGGUUGUUCAGUUGGUUUUGGUUCCUUAUCACAAUCUUCCAUGGUUCUGGAGUUGCACUUCUCUUCCAGUACCUACCCUACUUUCUGGUAAAGCUCUUUCAAGUAUCAGCCUCUGGAAAAUUAUGAAAAUUUUCACAAUGCCAGGAAACUGUAAAAGUCCAAUCCCACACUUUGUAAGAUGACUGCCUGUAUAUUCUAGUCCCAGUGCUAUUUCAUUCAUUUAAAAGAGCUUUGUGUAGGACUUUGGAAUUGUGAUUUUGGAGUAACUGCCUAACGGUAGUGUGGCUAGGCUGUAUGCAUGGAAAACUGGAUAUGGAGGCUGGUGGGUAGUAAAACAUCCCUGGGCAUUCCGUCCUGUUUGCCAUGUGCUGCUUCAUAUGGAGUGUGCGACUCCUUUUAGGUGGUCUGCACCCACAAGCUGAUGCAGUCCAGCUCUGCCUGGAGAUUAAACUUAUUUGCUUGGGGCUCACCUUACCCCUCAAGUGGUGUUAGGGUUGAGUUGAUGAUUCUUCCUUAUGGGAGAAAAAGCAUAUAGAAGACAAUGCUACUGGGGAGUGAGAGCACCUAAUGUGCCACAGACAGGGAUUUUAACAGUUGGCAUUUAUGUCCUUGGCCAGACUUUUCGUGUUUGAGCUAUGUGCCUGCUUAAACUCCUACCUUUUCAGUCAUGCUCAGGAAAACCACCAAGGUCUCAGAGGUAAGUGCAUCACAGGAAGAACGUGAAUCAUGAACUGAGGCUCAGAGAUGUGCAUACAUCUGAAGCUUGGAGAUGUCAGCUUCACAAGACUGUUCCUACAAAGCUAUUUUGAAAUGAAUACUUUUUCUGGCCCCAUUCUAGAUUAUCCUGCAUGUCAGUAAUACUUUAAAAGGGUUACUCAUUAAUUAAAUCUACCCGAUUUAGAAAAUCUACA